AUGACUUUCAUACGAGAUGGUGUAUUGCCCGAACGGAGAGAUGAGGCGAGAAAAAUCAAAUCGAAUGAUGCAAAGUAUGCCAUUGUACAUAAUCAGUUGUAUAGAAGAUUUUUCUCGGGUCCGUACUUGAAAUAUGUUACCUUCAUAGAGGCUAGGCAGAUCUUGCGAACUAUCCAUGAGGGCGUAUGUGGCAAUCAUUCUGGAGGGAGAUCUCUAGCGCAUAAAGCAAUGAUGCAAGGAUAUUUUUGGCCAAGCAUGUCACGAGAUGUAGAAGAAUUUUCUAGAAGUAAGCAAGUGAAGGAGUUGCUAGAGAAGUAUGGAAUCAACCAAAAGUUGGCAACGGUUAGCCAUCCCCAAGCGAACGGUCAAGCUGAAAUUACUAACAGAAUAAUCUUUGCUUGUAUUAAGAAGAAGCUUGAGGACGAAAAGAGUAAAUGGUUGAAUGAACUUCCGAACAUCUUGUGGGCUUAUAGAACAACCCUUAGACGUCCAACUGGAGAAAGUCUGUUCGCUAUGGCGUACGGCAUCGAACAGUAA